AUGUUCACACAAGCGAACUUGCCGCUUGUUCGUCGAGGGUUUGCGUUACGUAGCGAGAUUCCGGAACAGUGUUGCCCAAAACGGAGGUUGAUUGUUUCGAGACCCAGUCGGGCAGCUUGGAGUCGCAAGUCACUGUUAGUACAACAACGGUCUGGCGUUGGUACGCUGUCUGCGCGGAGUUCUGUCCAGUUUGAUCCAACCGAAGACUAUUACGCAGUUUUAGGAGUGGAAAGCGACGCAGACCUGGCAACCAUCAAGCGAGCAUAUCGCCGACUAGCCUUGCAGAACCACCCUGACGCGAAUAAGGAUCCGCAGGCACGCGAGAAGUUCAUUCGCAUUCUGCGUGCUUAUGAAGUGCUAUCGAAUGAGGACGCCCGCAAGCAAUAUGACUUGCAACGUCGCUCGCCGGGUUCGGGGCCUUUCUGGGGCAUCGGAGGUCCUGGCGCGCAGCGGCGACGUUCCAGCAGCACCGAGGAGUACCCCGAGGACUUGAAUGAUUCUUUUGGAGCUAUUUUCUCGGAUCUUAUGGAGCAGCUCGGACGUCUUUGGCAGGAGGGCACAAAAGAGAAUGGUAUUUUUGCAGAUUUUGUCGAAUUUCUAGAGAGCCAGGGUGCCAAUUGGGGCUCCCUGCGGAAUGAGGACCUCAAUAGCGUUCUCACUUCGAGUGAUGAAGACGUUCUCCAAGCAGAACUGGAUGAUGCUCGUUUCGUGCGUGAGCAAUGUGAGCAGCGACUACGCUUGCUUCAAAAUUCUCUAGAACUCACCGAGCGGCGACGCGCGGAGCAGGAGCAACGAGCGAAAGAUGCACAUCUAAGUGCAGGAACCCAGCAGGAGGCCCGGUCUAAGGUGCAUGAGCUCUCGCUGGAGGCGCGGAGACUUCAGUCUCGUAUUCGCCAGGUUCAGUCCCUGAUUGCUCGCCAGCGCUCCCGCGAGGGGUUGCUGCAGUCCCGUUUGGAUGCAAUUCGUCGCGUACAGGAGGCCCGUGCUGCUUCUGAGGAGAAAGUUCGGAAUCUGAGAAGCGAGGUGGAGGAGGAAUUGGAGAAAUUGAAAAGGGACUUGGGCAAGCUCUGA